AUGUUGGCUUUUCAUUCUUCAACUGGUUGCGAUACCGUUUCCACAUUUUGUGAUAUUGGUAAGAAGACAGCUUGGAAGGUCUGGAUGUCAUUUCGUGAAAUUGAUCGUGUAUUGCAUCAGCUUUGUAGAAGCAUCUCGGAUAUUGAUGAUGAAUGUUAUGCUGUGUUACAGCGAUUUGUUAUUCUACUUUAUGAUCGAGCAUCAGAUCUUCAGAACAUCAAUGACUGCAGAAGAGUGUUGUUUACAAGAAAGAAUCGAGCAAUAGAAAACAUUCCUCCUACAGCAGAUGCUUUAGCACAACAUAUUGAACGUGCUACUCUUCAAGCAAGAAUCUGGAACAACAGCCUCGAUUCACAAUACGUAAUACCUUCCCCAACCAAUCGGGGAUGGACUGUGACUUCAGAAGAAUCAUACCGAUAUGUGUGGGCAAUAACUCCGGAAGUGGCAAAACACUGUGUACAACUCACCACUUGUACUUGUCGCAAGAGAUGCACAUCUUGUGAAUGUAUUAAAAUGGAAAUACGAUGUACAAAACUUUGUGUAUGA